UAUAAAUUCACUGAAAUAUAUUUCCUUUGGAUAUGUUGAACUCAUUCUUAAUUUUCAAGGAAAACAAGGUUCAUUAUUGAAGCUUUCCCAUGGAUCCGGUUAUUGCUGCUACGUUAGCUGGUGCAGUCAUAGGUGCAGCACCAGCGGCUGCUGCAUUGCUUUACAACAUUGGAAAAGAUUCAUCAACCCCAAUUCUACGAAAAGGCUCUUCCAUAAAGAACCUUGACCAUAACUGUGAAGUGCUGGACAAGGAAUUACAGAAACUAAUUGCUGUUGCGACUGAUAUUGAUCAGGGUCGUGUCAAGAAAGGGGAAAUAAAAAAUACUAGCACUUACAAGUUAUGGAUAACAAGGGUAUGGGAGAUUCAAACAGAGGUGGAAGCUUUGAUUCAUGAAUAUGAAAGGAUUAAAGAGAAGUUUAGAAGGGAAAUUAAUAUUGUUGCUAAAGGGAGACUAAGCAAAAAAAUGGUGAACAAGUUUGAGGAAGUUACCCAGCAUCUUGAAGAAGGAAAGUUUCUGAUUGCAAACUUUUGAAGGAGAUUAACUGAACAAGAGAUGGAGGAUUUCCUCUGUACCUGCAAUUACUUGCAGGUGUAAUGAAUAAUUGCAUUUUAAAAUAUAAUAAGUUCAUAGCUAGCUUUUAGAAAGCUCAGCUAAAAUGAAGCGCUUUAGGGCCAUAGUGCUUUAUGGCAUCAUUUGUAAAGUUUCUUGUCUGUUUUUUUUUUUUUUUUUUUUUU